UCGCGUACCAUCGUCGCGGCGCGCGGUACGUUUCGCCGGCGUUCCAUCGGUCGUUUUCACCGCGUUUUCACCUACCUGACUCCCGGCAACAAAAUCUCAUCCCGCGAAAAAAAUCGGCGCGAAAGGAUCUCGCGGUUGAAGGGAUCCACCGCAAUGAUGCUGUACACGCAUUAUCAUCUCCUCCGGGAUCCAAGGGUCGGGAUCUCGAUGAUCGCGCGCGAAUCCUGAUCGAAUUUCUCGCGCUUCGACCGACCGUGAGAGUGUGCGAAGUGAAAGUGCUGAGAAGGUAAAGGGGAAAAAAAAUAGAAACGAGAGAAGAGGGAAACGAGGCGAUCGACGCGAUAGAGAGGAAUACACGAAGGAAAAGUGACGGGGAUAUAAGCCGACGACGGAGUGCAUGGAGUCGCGCUGUAGCCGGCGCGUCGAAAUCGCGGCGGGGUUCCAUCGGUCUCGCGGAACGGCGUGCGGCGACGAUGAUGCGGUGCCCCGGUGAUGAGGGAGAUCCGAAGCCAGAGUGUGUUGUUAUGCGCGAGUGUGUAGGUUCACCGGGAGCACGCAGCAUGUCAUCGUCGUCGUCCUCGUCAUCGUGAUGCCGUUUGUGAUGCGAAAAGUGGAGCCGCGGCACCUGUGCCGCGGCCACGUGCCGGGGGGCUCGCAGCCGGGUUGGCCGGUGGGCGCCGAGCUCGAGGCGGUGGCGAACGGUGCCUUGACCAGCUCCCUCAAGCAGCUGGCCUCCCUGCUGACCGUCGCGGAGGACAUCUUCGCGGGUCUCACCGCCGAACUGGGCCAGGUCGCCGAGAGGAGCGGUCACCUGCGUCGCAAGAUCGACAAGAUCGAGGAGCGACUCGGCACCGUUGAUCCCAAGAAAAUACCAGUCCCGGAAUCGGAUAUCUGCACUUUCGCGGCGAGGACGGAACAUUUUCACGUCACGAAUAAACCAUCGACGGGACUGUUCACGGCGGACACAAGGCCGAAAGCCCUGAGGGAACUGUACGAGCUCGCUGCCAUAGUCGCCGUCCGAAGUUUGGAUUCCUUGAGGAGGGAUGGCAGCUCGAUGGAUAUGUUCCUCUGUACACCCGUCCUUGGAAAGAGGCGGCGGGAUCACAGCCUCGACAUCGAGUCCAGAGUCCCGGCUGCUAUCGAAGAUCUGCGAAGAUGGACAUCCGCCGAGGCUCUCGGCGACAUUACCGUACCGCCGGACUGUUCGUCCAGGAUUCUGGGCGACACAACCAGCGACGAUGCCGUCGAUCACAAGCUACCAAGCCCCGAGGAACAGGUUCAGGCUAUCGCGCUCAAAUUCCCGGCGGAAAUCGUAGCGGUGGAUGUGAGCGGACGCGGUUUCGCAAGAAUGUCGAUGAGGAGGAAGUCCUUGCUGUCAGGGCCAGAGACACAGGAAACGGCGGUGAAAAGGAGAUCGCGGCCACGCAGACCAAGAGGAAAGAGACGAAACACGAUCGCUGGUACCGAUCAGAAAGAGAUUCGACAAGCUAUUGGAGGGGAACCGACUGGCGACGAGCCCGAGGAGACGGUGCCAAGCGCCACGACAAGAGCUCAUCGCUCGGCGAGCACGGACAUCCUGGGCGCCACGAAGAAAGAUUCGCCCACGGAAAAGAAGUCGCAUUUUAAUACGCUGAAAGCUUGGGGCAUGUCCAGAUUGAAACUGAUCAGUCCAAAAUCGAGUCAGCAACAGCAAGAAACUACGACGACGAUCAGCGCGGCGGAAAGAUGCGAGCAAGCUCAAGGUCAGACGAGAUCGCCGGAGGAGAUCAACAUCUAUGAAACGGUUACCACGAGACGCAGGAGAGAUAAAUCGCACGAAAGGAAGCCUAGCUCGUCCAGCUCGAGCGGCAAGAGCACGGCGAGCAUACCGGUGUCGGUGCCGAGCACGGACAACAAACAGCCGAGCGUGAAAUUACGCGAGAGCGCCGCUCAGAGAAGAGAGCGGCGGAAGGGCAGCAACCGCGACGACGCCCCGCACUCGAGCUCCGGGAACUGGAGCGCCUCGUCCGAGAGCGGAAGGGCCAGCAUAGGUAGCGAGACCACCACUACUACGCAUCAACCCAGAUCCACGACGACAGCUUCGAUUGGCACGUCCUCCACUUCCUUAAGUCACAUGAGGCGACUCAAGGGAAGAGACACCUCGGCCUCGUCCUCGGUAACCUCCGAAGGUACCUUAACCCCGGAUAUCAUACAGGAUAUCACGGUGGUGCCCUUCUCCGACGACGGUGAGACGUCGUCGGUGUACUCCUGCGAUACGGAAGGAUAUUAUACUUCGUUCCACAUGGAUUCAGGUCUCAAAACGCUCAGGGAGGAGGAACUGGUGCCGCAGAGUCCUUUAAUCAAGUCUAAUGACAUCAGUUCGGACCCUACCUCGCCAGUUAUUGAGAACGAGUACGAACUGUUUGGCAGAGGAUCAACUUCUACAACGACUAGCUCAGCCGGAACAGUUUGCACCGCGCUUAUGGCACCACCACCUCCGGAACGCAAAUCCAGCCUCACGGUUGUUGCUAUGGUUCACGGUCAAAAUCAAAACGGCGGCGAAUCACCCGAUAGUGGUCACAAUACGUCCUCUUCUCCCGUUGAAUCCGCCUCGAGUCCUGCCUGCACCGGUCGAUCAUGCUCCGAGUUUGAGUACUCGGAGUCCAGCGAUCUGGAGGGUUGCGAGCGAAUCGAGAGGAUCCGCUCGAAGACGGCGAUCACGACCAGCCGAAUUCCCUCGAUGUGCGUAAUCACGCCACCAGUGUCCGACGACGAGCACGCGAGAGAGACAGACCAAUGCGAGAAGAAAACAAUUGAAUCGUCGAGAAGAAUUGGCCUUCAAAGCGGCGGAUCAGUGUUGAUGUCCGCCACCGUCGGCACUUCCAAGAUGGAGGUGAUCAACGGCCAAGAUAAGAAUCUGUACGCCACCGUGCAGGUGUUGCCAGCAGUCGCCAACAACGACAGACCGAUCGCGACGACGAGUCAAUCGUCAUCGUCGUCAUCAUCGACGAUCAAGAUCAGUCCGCUGAGCGGUGUCCUGGGAAAGCUUCGCGGCGUACUUCCGGGCAAGAAGCACGCCACGAAGAACGGCGCCGUGCAGGAGCUGUCAAACGCAGACUCCGGCGACUAUGUGACCAUAGCCGACGUGAGGAACAACAACGACAAGCGUCCCGCGGGCCUGCCCUCGUCUUCGUCAUCAUUAUCGUCAUCAUCGUCAUCAGGCAUGACCACCGUCCGACCUACCGUUACCUAUGCUAAUUCCGACAUCUUCAAAAGAGACGCUGAGUAUGUGAGUCUAAGCGAAUUGCCGAAGAAACCGGACUCGUCAUUGGAGAGGAAAAGACAGGGCGCCCGAGUUACUUUGGAUUCCGAAGGCAAAGUCGUCUAUUCAUCCGAUAGUUUAAAAAGAAGGAAAGGAGCACACACGACGUUUAAUCCAGGCCCUUUUGUGAGGGAAGGAAUAUCACCUAGCCCGUCGCCGUUGCUUCAUCGCGCGACGCCAAACGUCCGCGCCGUCACAAAGACCGGCGAUACCGUGGACGGUUCGAGCGUCCGAACAUCCACGCCGCCAACAUCCCCUCAGCUGGGCAAGCUGAUCAUUCGAGCAGCGCGGAGUCCGGAUCGCGCGGCCAGUCCGGAUUACGUGCGCACGCCGGCAACCGUGGUCGGCCCCACAAACCCGACCAGUCCCCACAGACAGUUCCGCGGGGCUUACGUCAACGUGCAAGGCGACGAAGACAACACUUUACUGGCGAUACCUUCGGAAUCGGUACCGCCGCAAACAAUCGUUCAACCGCCGCCCUAUAUCGCCCCGCCGAAACCCGAGGAUCGGCAAAAGUCGCAAAACAGGUAUCAAGAUAUCUUGAAGGACUCGCAGCCGCCAAAUCUGCGAGCAUAUCCCGAGAAUGAGAAGCAACCGAUCGCGGACCAGAAACAAUCCUAUACGCAGGAGAUAUUCGAUCCCCAUCAAAAUGUCCAGCUGUACGACAAUCGUAAGAAUUUGUUCGAUCAGCAGCGGAUGUCGAACUAUGAAUACCAACAAGUCCGCAACUAUGAGACGGUGCACAUGCACAACGCAAGGAACCAGCAGCUCAGAGACAUCGAUCAACAGCAGUUUUACACCCUGCCAACGAGGAGGCCUCAACGAGAAGUCGAGCCGCCUCGCAGCGUCACCCCGGACAUCACCAGAGGUCUGGGACGCGGUUCUCUCAGCAGCAUGCACAUGCUGGCAAAACAGGGCCAACAAAGGGUCACGAGUGCGGAGAAUGAGCAGAGUCGACGAGGUGGCCACGUGGACGUGGGAAGUAGGAACUUGGAGCAAGCGGAGACGAGAGGCAAAUUCGUGCAGAGUCAAUCGCAAUCGAUUGUGGAUGUCAGAAAUAGGUUCGCAACGCCUCUAAAUUUAGCUGCACUUGGCUAUCGAUUCUCCGCAUCUUCGCCCGCUAAUGAUCCUCUUACGAAAUCUCCUAACGCGGACGUUCUACGGAAUAAUCCAAUUUCGCCGAUCGGCCACGGCUGUUACAAUAACGGCUUCAAAUCGUCCACUCCUACCGACCAUCACGGGCGAUCGGCGCCAACCGUGGCGGAACGUCUAGCUUUAACCGCCACCGCCGGCAAUAAUUGCUCGUCGCCGACACCGGUGAGUGGUUCCUCGGGUAGAAGCACUCCCGUCCAGACCUCUUCCGGUAGGACGACGCCGACCAAUCUGAUCCUGUCGCCUACUAAAAGCACUAUGUCCAACGAGGAGUUAUUCGCCGCGAUCCACAAGUCGAAAAAGCGACUCAACAUCAGGCUCAACGAGAACGAAAACGAUAAUCUGUCGCUUUGCGGAUCGAUGAACUCCCUGGUGAAGACACCGGCUGGUACCAGACACAGCUGGAGCCCGGAAUCUCACCAGAAAACUGCUGAGGUACCGACCAACAUGCAAUCGCCUACGUCACGGAUGGACUUCAAACGUUUGCUUCUUCAGCAAAGCGUAAAGACGAGUCCUAUGCGACUGUCGGCAGCGGAGCAAUUGAAACUGUCGCGCCAACAAUGUCAACAACAACAGCAACAAUCGUCACCAAACCCUCACCAGAGUCCUCUGGCCAAGAUUCUGAGUCCACGCUCGGUCUGGAGGUUUCAAACACCGAGAACCGACGUUCUCUCGUCCACCAUAAUCGAGGACACCGCAGCGGAAGAGAAAGCUAUGAAACCAUCGCCGGAGAACACGUCUCCCAUCUCAAGACUGAAUCUUAGAAGACAAUUAGAUCUCUGCACUGACCUAGCGAGUCAUCUGCGUAUCGUCGAUCAGGAGAGCAAAGUCGCGAAUGUCAACGAUAGGCUAAUGGCAAGCAAAAUGUCUAAUGCGAACGAACUCGAUCUUGAUUCAACAAUCAAAUUACUGAAUCAAAAUAACAAAACUCAAGAACUAAUCACAAAUGCACCUGAUGAUCUUGCACGAACCGCGUCUCCCGAGAAAAUUGCGAUAACCGGUCAAGAUAUUUCGUCCUUGACUUCCCGAAAUGACAUCAGUACGACGAUACAGUAUUCGAAGAAUUCGCUUGAACCCAAAAAUCAGAAUCCCGUGAACGCUCUCGAGUCGCGGAGGAUCAGCAAUCAAUUGGCAAGAGCACAGUUCCUAGCUAGCACACCUACUAACACCAAUUCGUCGCAGAAUUUUUACUUCAGCAAGAGAUUCAGAGCGCGAUCAGAAUCUCCGCAACACGCUGUGACGCAAAACGUUGCAACACGUAGCCCAAGUGCUCCUACUCUCGAAACCGCUUUAUGAUCCGAAAAUACAUCGAUAAUUAGGACAACGGUUUUACGCCAGAAUAAGAAUAUAGCUCUUCAUUAUUGUGACAUAUAAACUGUAUAUAUUGGCCCUUUUCUUAAUACUUUAAGAAGUCAAAUUUUAGUAAAUUGGAUGUUGCUGAAAUGUAUAUAAAAUAUUUAUAUACAUAUAAGAUAUUGUUAAUUAAAAUUAAAAUCAAUUUAAUUUUACUAUAAUAUUACAAUUAUUUUAUCCAUUAAUGAAGAGUUAAUAUCAAGGACAAAUAGUUUGAACAUUUAAAUCUGUUUAAGAAAGUUAAAAAUGAGCGGUUUAAAUCGAAUUUUCCUAAUUACAACAACUCGCAUUUACUAAGAGACAAUAAUUUAUAAACAUUAUAUAUGGUAAUAAAGCGGGAAUUAGUAUUACCCAGUAUUGCAAGAAACCUCUUGCAAAAGUAGAACAUUUAAAGUGCAAAAAUAUCAUAAUUCACACUCUGCCAAUCGGAUAUAUAAAAUAUGUUAUACAAUAUAUAAUAUCACAUUGCAUAAUGCAUAAAAUAAUUUCACUCUACACAUAAAUUUUACAUACGUAAUUCAAUCAAAUCAUAAGCAAUAUUCUUAACGCUAAUAAUCUCAAUCGCGUGCCUAUUUGAUAUAAUCGUUUUAUAAAAAAUAUAUAUAUUUGCAUUGUAUAUAUAUAAAAGGAUACUAUAAAUAUAUUCUCGAAUUGAGACGAUGCCGUAGAUGUUAAUACAUCGGUAUAUUUAUAUGAUGUAUUCAAUAUUUUCUCAUUCUUUAUACUAAAUAAGCUUUCUUCAAUUUUGUAACGAAGAAAGCAGUUUGAUCUUUGCACGAUCUCAACAUUCACGAUCAAAGACCUUUAAACAGUUUAGAGAAUUAAGUGAAUAUAUAAUCUCAUCUCGAUAUAUAUUCUUAAAUACAAAAAGCAAAUAAUACUAUACUCUUCGCUAGUGAUGCACAAGAUCUCGCGGAAUUUUAUCUGCGACACGAAAAAAAACGUGACAAAUUUUUUUUGUAUUUCUAUAUAAUAAGAAACUCAUAUAAAACCUAUCGUUACCUUUAUUCUCUCAAAUUAAAAUAUUAUAUACAGUAUUUUAACCAUGUUUGGGUUAAUUAAUAUUAUU